AUGGCAGGCAGAAAUCUCAUUCGAGGAACUCUGAAGAGGAACCCCAAACAUGUCAGAAAUGGCUUGAAGUCCUAUGUCCACGCCCUCCACAAAUGGAACAUUUGCCCUACUGUCCAAGGACCAUACUGCACAGUCAAGAAAGCGAGCCAGCAGGCCAAAUUCGGCGGUAAAGUAGGAGGACGUGUUUCGUUCAGAGAACAGGUACUAGCCAAGAAGGAUGCCUCUGGACAGACGGGCGAGGUCCCAGCCGAAGACAUUGAGAACAACGCAGAGUACCUCGCUACCGUAGGAAUCGGCACACCAGCACAGAAUGUAGCACUCGACUUCGAUACAGGUUCCGCAGAUCUUUGGGUCUGGAGCACUGAGCUUCCUGCGUCUGUCAAGAGCAGCGGCAGCAAAGGUCAUACGAUAUUCGAUCCUUCCAAGAGCUCCACAUUCAAGAAGUCAUCGGGAGAGACCUGGCAGAUUCAGUAUGGCGAUGGCUCUGGAGCUUCUGGAGAUGUCGGUACCGAUACCGUCACACUCGGCGGCUUGUGCGUUGAGAACCAAGCUAUUGAGCUCGCAAAGACUUUGAGUACCGAAUUUCAACAAGGCCCGGGCGACGGUCUACUAGGCUUGUCGUUCGGCAGUAUCAACACUGUGCAGCCCAAAGCAGUCAACACCCUCGUGGAGAAUAUGAUCGCGCAGCAGGACAUACCCAAGGACACCGAGUUGUUCACCGCCUACCUCGGAUCCACUCCGCCAGGCGACAGCACUUCAACAGGAGGCUCCUCAGCGGCUACUGAAGAUAGCUUUUACACAUUCGGUUACAUUGAUAAGACUGCAACCAACGGACAAGACCCAAUCUAUACUCCCGUAGACAAAUCACAAGGCUUUUGGAUGUUCGAUUCCACAAGCGCCAAAAUCGGCGACCAGACGAUCACGAGAACUGGCAACACCGCCAUCGCCGAUACGGGAACCACUCUGGCUCUCGUCGGCGAUGAUCUGUGCGAGGCCGUGUACAAAGCCAUACCCGGCGCGAAGAUGAACACGCAGCAACAAGGCUGGGUGUUUCCCACGAAUACAGAUCUCUCGACUCUUCCUGCCAUCCAGGUGGCGGUGGGAGAUUCCCUCUUCACCAUCAACCCCGAAGAGCUCCCCUUCCAGGAUCUCGGAGACGGCACAUAUUACGGCGGGAUUCAAUCUCGAGGCGAACAAGGCUUUGAUAUCUUGGGCGAUGUCUUUUUGCGUUGCGUGUACGCCAUCUUUGAUCAGGGUAAUACUCGAUUUGGUGCGACGCAGAGAGCUUCGACCUUGAGCGGCAGCAGUUGUGGGCAAACCAGUAGCAGCAGCAGCAAUGGUCACGCGUCAGCUGGCGCAGCAUCUUAA